CAUAUCCAGCAAUGAGAAUACAAUCUAAGGUCGCUCAAGAAACUCCUUACGAUCAACAAGCAAAUAAAAAGGUUAAAACGAAACUGUUGAAAAGAAAGUCAUCUUUGGUGCUGCCUAUAAAUGGUAUGGUUGAUCCUUAUAUACCACAAAGAUUUUUUGAUCAACCCGCGAAUAUUACAAAUGGCCAACUAAUUGUGAUGAAUCUAAAAUUUAGGCAAGCUGUAAUGAAAGCGAUACAAAAGCCCAUAACAAAAAAACCUAAAGAGCAAAUUAUUGUGGAAGAAAAGCCCAAUAAAGCUAAUAACAUGGAAUCCAAUUUGUCAAAAAAUGACAUCACAAAGAAAGCAACGGCAUUGUAA